AAUUAACUCUAAUAUGGCAUAAAUAUCACAAUUUCCCGGUUGCGCUAAGUGGGUGAGAAAUAGCUCUUUCCUUCGGCGUUUCUGCUCAUGUUUCAAUGUGUUCUAGAGACUGUUCUCCUUCGUCAAAGUUUAUGCAAGAGAACGCUCAUCGCCCUUCAGAUUAGUAGAGGUUCCACCAAGAGUGCAACACACGCCAGUAAAGUUCCAAAGAAGAAGAAAAUGGAGUAUCCGAAAGUACGCAGAGACGAAUCGUUCUUUGAAGAGCAUCAUGGCGUCAAGAUUCACGAUCCGUACAGAUGGCUUGAAGAUCCAGACUCCGAAGAAACCAAGGCAUUCGUGGAUGCUCAGAAUAAUAUCACUGUACCCUACUUGGAGAAAUGUCCAGCUCGAGAAAGCAUCAAGUCUCAGUUAACCAACUUGUGGAAUUAUCCUAAAUAUUAUUGUCCUUUCCGAAGAGGCACCCGCUAUUUCUUCUUCAUGAAUUCUGGAUUGCAGAACCAGAGUGUUAUGUAUGUUCAAGACUCCUUAGAUAGUGAAGCUAGAGUAUUCCUAGAUCCCAACAAGCUCUCUGAAGAUGGGACCAUUGCAAUUUCAGGCUCAGCAUUCAGUGAAGAUGGAGAGAUCUAUGCUUAUGGUCUGAGUAGUAGUGGCUCUGAUUGGAUAUCCAUUCAUUUCAAGAAGGUGGCUAGUGGCGAAGAUUAUCCAGAAGUUCUAGAAAAAGUUAAGUUCUCCAGUAUAUCUUGGACCCAUGACAACAAAGGAAUCUUCUAUGGGAGAUACAUCGACCAUGAGGGAACAGCUGAUGGCACAGAGACAUCUAGUAACGAGAACCAGAAGCUCUUCUACCAUAGAGUUGGAACUCCUCAGAGCGAGGACGUCUUGGUCGUCGAGUUUCCCGAGCAUCCAAAGUGGCGCAUAGGCGCUGAGGUCUCCGACUGUGGCCGCCACUUGAUCAUUACCACACAGCAAGACUGUCGAGACAAUCUGCUCUAUCAUGCACCUUUGCCUGAGCACAUCACGUCCAAAAUUGACCACACCUGUAUUGUUGACACUUUUGAAGCUGACUACGAGUAUAUUACCAAUGACGGGUCUGUGUGCAUAUUUCGAACCAACAAAGGUGCUCCGAACUAUCGCUUAGUGAAGAUCGAUCUGAGCGAUCCAGCACCCGAGAAGUGGGUGACCCUCAUCCCAGAGCACAAGAAGGACGUCUUGGACUGGGCUGCGUGUGUGCAUAACGACAAGCUAGUCAUAUGUUACAUAUCGGACGUCAAGAGUGUGCUACAACUUCAUAACCUUAACACAGGAGAACACAUCACCACUUUACCUCUAGAUAUAGGAACAGUCAGUGGUUACUCAGGUAAACGUCACCACUCAGAGAUGUUCUACCAGUUUACUUCUUUCCUAUCUCCAGGCAUUAUUUACCACCUGGACCUAACUCAGGAACCUCUGACACCUAAGGUGUUCAGGGAAAUCAAGAUAGAAGGAUUCGAUCCUUCGCAGUUCGAAAUGAAGCAAGUCUUCUACUCAAGCAAAGACGGAACGAGGAUCCCCAUGUUUUUAGUUCACGGCCGCGGAAUGAAGCACGACGGUUCGGCCCCUACGUUGCUCUACGGCUACGGCGGAUUCAACAUUAGUAUUCAGCCAUACUUCAGUAUCUCACGGGUCAUCUUCCUCCAGCUAUUUAAGGGUAUUAUUGCCAUACCAAACAUCAGAGGUGGAGGGGAGUAUGGAGAGGCCUGGCACAAUGCAGGGCGACUGCACAAUAAGCAGAACGUAUUCGACGACUUCCAGGCCGCUGCAGAGUAUCUGAUCGAUGAAGGAUACACUUGCAACAGAAAGAUAAUCAUUCAGGGCGGUUCAAAUGGAGGUCUCUUGGUUGGUGCGUGUAUCAACCAAAAGCCCGAAUUGUUUGGAGCUGCUGUGGCUCAAGUUGGUGUAAUGGACAUGUUACGUUUCCAUAAAUUCACGAUUGGCUACGCCUGGUGCUCUGAUUAUGGAAAUCCUGAUGAGAAAGAACAUUUUGAUAAUAUCAUCAAGUAUUCACCUCUCCACAAUAUUAAAAUACCUCCCCAAGGUCUUCAGUACCCAGCAACACUGAUGCUGACUGCAGACCACGACGAUAGAGUAGUGCCUCUUCAUUCAUUCAAAUUCACUGCCGAACUGCAGCAUAAACUUGGGAGUGCGUCUUCGCAGACUAAUCCUCUCCUAAUUCGUAUUGAAACCAAAGCUGGUCAUGGUGGUGGAAAGCCUACAGCAAAGAUUAUUGAGGAACACACUGACAUCUUUUGCUUUGUCAUGCAGUCUUUAGGAUUGGAAAUUUCAUGACCACCAUACAAGGACGUUACUCGGUCUUCGAAACUGUAGAGUUAUGCAUGUUCGCAAAUUGGAUUCCAGCUAUUUUUUCUAUGGCCAGUGAACUUUGUAUACCAAAUGAAAUUACAUUGUUUGGGUUUGCAAAUUGUAUGCAAUUGAGUAAUGAAAUCAAGAAAUGUGCACUUUCAGAA